CCCAGAUCGAUCACGUGACGCCGGAGCCAUGUCCAGUGACGCCACCGCAUCCUUCACCUCCGAUGCUGAGGUGCGCCAGGAAGCGAGUCGCACGGUCCGUGCCAGCCUGGAGCAGGUGAUCGAAGUGGCCUUCGCGCGAUGUAACCGUUGUGUGAUGUGCCUGGCCAUGCUGUUGGCCGGCGGAUUAUUAGUCGUCGCAACCUGGGCUGAGCUCGUUUACUCGGGACACGAGGGUGAUCACUGUGAUCAACCGCUAGCAAUGAUGCUCAGGUUGAUUUUCUUGAUCAUCAUAGUACAAACCAUGCAGAGAGCCAUCACGCGCCACUGCCUUUGCUAUGACAUGGCACAGGAUGGCCCCGUUGAGCCCUGCCGUGUGCGGCUCUUCCGCUUCCUAUCGCUGCUAGCGGCCGUGGCGUGGCCCGUAGCUGCAGGAUGGAUGCUGAUGAAAAGCGAGUCGUGCAGCAGUCAGCUCAAACUGGCGGUGGCCCUGAUCAUUGGCUACUACUGCGCCUUAGUUGCAGUGGUCGUCGUGCUCCCAUUUAUCGUGAUUUCUGGCUUGCUCUGCCUCAUUCGCCGCGGGCUUGUCGCCCUGCCCCGGAUGCCGGGCGCAGCACCCGAGGGCGCUUUGGAUCAACUGCCAGAAAUCACUUUUGAUGCGACGAGGUUCAACGACGAACCCUUGGGUUUCCCUUCGGCAUGUGCGGUGUGCCUGGAUCCCUUCAACGGUCAGAAGGUCAUUGUGCAGACUCCCUGUGGCCACAUCUUUCACAAGCGAUGCUUGGGUGGCUGGAUGCAGGUGGCUCGAAGCUGUCCUCUGUGUCGUUCAGACGUGGCAGGAGAAGCGUGAGUGGACAGAUUUUUUGGGUCUUGUUGCUUGAACAGGAGCCAGGUUUCACUGGGGUCACAGAGUCCAGCUGGGGAGUUGGUAUGAGUUGGUUAAGCUGGGUGCCUCCAAG